AAAAAAAAAAAAAAUCUAACCCGACCGCUCGUUUCUCAAGAUAGAGGCAACGGAGAGUCGCUUACACGCUAACCUCUAAACCUUUUCCCUUCCUACUUCUUCAUCAUUUCUGCAACUGCAUGUUCGUUCUUCCAAUUUUGUCAUAUUCACCCGAGCAUUCAAUUGAAGAAAAGAUUCAUCGGGGCUGAUUGUUGCAGCAACGGAUAUCAUUAUCUAAAGAUCAACAACCUACUGAUGGGAGGGACAACAAGUUUGGAAGAAUGCAUAACUCAUGGACCAUGGGGUGGUUCACAGGGGAAAGACUGGAUCUAUAUGCCCCAAGGGUUUAUUAAAAAGAUUAAGAUUAUAUAUGGAGAAGUUAUCGAUUCAAUCAUAUUCCAAAGCUAUCUUCAAACAGGUGAAAUUCAAAGCUCCAUUUUCGGUGGCAAUGGUGGCAACAAAACGAACACGAUUUCCAUUGACUAUCCUUACGAGUAUUUAACUUCAAUCAGUGGGACAAUUUGCUGCUAUAAAGGUUCAGAUGUGGUGAUGUCAUUAUGCUUUCACACAAAUCAGAAUCGCUAUGGUCCUUUUGGUUCUAACAAAGGCACUCGUUUUUCCUACGAUGGUCAAGGUGGUGUGGUUGUUGGAUUCCAUGGGCGUGUUGGACAUUACAUUGAUGCUAUUGGUAUUUAUUUGAUGCCUAAAUCACUUGCAUUUUGUCAGAAUUCUACCUGUGAAGAAAAGUCCACGAAUGAGUUAUGUCGCAGGAUGUCUUUAAUGGCAAUGCCAAGGGAAGCGGGACCUUGGGGGGCUUCUGGGGCUAAACCAUGGGAUGAUGGAGUUUUCUUCAACGUCAAACAAAUACGUGUUCUUGUAGGGGAGUCUCUAAAAGUGAUUCAUGCGAUUCAGUUUGAAUAUGUUAGAAGGGAUGGUCAAUCUGUUUUAUCACAAUUACAUGGAGGACAAGGUGGAGAAAAAACACAAGUGGUGGAUUUGGAUCUCCCGGAUGAAUAUUUGACUGGGAUUUCAGGGUUUUAUGGGCCAGUUGAGGUUCAUAAUGGGUUGGAAGCAAUAAUGGCCAUUACGUUUCACACAAACAAAGCGAUUUAUGGGCCUUAUGGACAUGAAAAUGGCGCAGGAUGUGUUUAUUUUACGUCAACAGCAUCUCCUGGGAAAGUAGUUGGCUUUCAGGGCAGGAAUAACGGGUAUUUAAGUGCAAUUGGAGUUCACAUGGAGUAUUUCUGAAGAAGAUAAUAGAAGUAACAAGAUGAAUGAACUUCAAAUUUGUAGUCUUAAUUUCUAAUGACAUGUUGGGGAUUUUUUGAUGGAGUAUCAUAAAAACUUAAUUAUGUUUUAAACAUGUAGCACCAAGUUUUCAAAUGGGAUACUUUAGAGAGUUCAUCUUAUAUCUAUGAGGUAAGAAUA